AUGCAAAUUGGGAAAAAUUUCACUCAAAUAAAUGCUUGGCCAAAGGGCGGUCUUUCUAGUGACACUAUUGUAAACCUAAAGAAUGAGGCUCAAGUUUUACUAAUAGUCACUAGAAGUGGAAAAACCCUUUGGGAUCACUUGAUAGAAGAUUUAGGUGAAAAAGUGCCUAAGGUUAAGCCAAAAGAUGUACCACCAAAAUAUCAUGAAGAAGAAGAAAAUGAGAAUGAAUCCAUAAAAUUUGAUGAUGAGUUGCACAGAAAAGAGAAGGGUGAUAAACUCAAGAAAUUUAUGACCAAGCUUAGCAAUCUUUCUAUUAAUAUCCCAUUGCUUGAAGUGAUCCAAGAGAUUCUGGGAUAUGCUAAGCUCAUGAAAAAUUUGAUGUCAAAGAAGAAGCUCAUCAAAGGUCACACACUUGAAGUCACCCAUGGUUGUAGUAUUAUUGUGAGUAGCAAGGUUGUGGAAAAGAAGGAAGACCCCAGAGCUUUCACCAUCCCUUGUACCAUUGGAACGUAUGUGUUUGCAAAAGCUCUAUGUGACCUUGGUGCAAGCAUCAACCUCGUACCUUUUGCCAUUUAUAAGAAUCUUAGAUUGGAUGCCCUAAAUCCAACAUCUAUGAGACUCUUAAUGGAGGAUUGGUCGAUCAAAAGACUGAUCAGAAUUUUGUUUGAUGUUCUAGUCAUAGUGGAAAAAUUUAUACUUCCAACAAACUUUGUAGUUCUAAAUUGUGAAAUGCAUAUAAAGUUACCCAUCAUCCUUGGGAGACCUUUCUUAGCCACUGGAAGAGCCAUUAUUGACCUAGAAAUGGGGGAGAUGAAGUUCAAAGUGCAUAAGGAUGAGGUUUCCUUUAAAGUUUGCAAGAUAAGAAAACAACCCACAGAAAUUCAAGUGAUAUUCCUGGUUGAUGUUGAAAUUGAAGAGGUGAAAAAAGGGGACUUGAGGACCCACCUUAAGAAAGAAAAAAGGAAGACGUCCUUCCAUGAUGAUAACUAA